AUGUAAGACGACCCAACAUUAUUUACAACACUUAAAGGACACAAAGAUACUAUAACAGCAUUGUCAUUUCAUCCUGGAUUGUAUAUCAAUAAUUAUAUAGUAGAAAAUCAAUAGCUUCAAGUGCUAAUGAUGGUGUAGUAUCUGUAUGGCAAUUGAAAUAACCAAGAAAGAUUUAUAGAUUUAUGGGUCAUAAAGGAUAAGUAAGUGAUGUACAAUUUUCUCCUAAUGGAUUAUUAAUUGCAUCUUGUGCAAAAGAUGAGACUAUAAGACUUUGGAAUAAUACAGUUGAAGGAAGUUCAGUAUCAAUAAAGGCACAUUCAGCACCUGUCAGAAGUGUUUAAUUUUCUUGUGAUGGUUAAUUAUUAGUAAGUUCAAGUGAUGAUAAAUCUGUGAAAGUUUGGAGUGUAAAUGAUCGUAAAUUUCAAUAUGGAUUCCAGCAUACAAAUUGGGUUAGAAGUGCAGUGUUUUCAUAAGAUGUUAGAUUGAUAGCAUCAGGUGGUGAUGAUAGAGCAGUUAUUAUUUGGGAUUGUGAUUCAAAAAAAGAAGCUUAAAGAUAUAAUGAACAUAUUGGAGUAGUCUAUAAAGUUCAAUUCUCACCAGAUUCUACAAUAUUAGGAUCAUGUUCUCAUGAUAAAAAAUUAAAAUUAUUUGAUGUAAGAUCAAAGAGAGUUAUAUAACAUUAUGAUGCUCAUGCAGAUUCAGUAUUAGAUUUGAAAUUUCAUCCAUCUGGAUAAUUUGCUAUGACAUCUGGAGCUGAUAGUAAAGUAAAAGUAUGGGAUCUAAGAAUGGGUAAAUUAGCAUAUACACUUUAUGGUCAUAAUGGUUAAGCUACUACAUGUGCAUUUUCUAAUCAUGGAGAUUAUUUUGCUACUGGAGGAUCUGAUAGUAUGAUUUUAGUUUGGAAUACUAAUUGGGUAUGCAGUGGUCAAGAAUCUUUAGAUGAAAAACCUAAAUAAGUUAAAACUAAACCUAUUCAACAUACAUAACCAUAAACAUAAUAAUAAUCAUCUUAAUAGAAAGAAAAUAUAUAAUAAACUAAUAGUUAAUUACCUAAGUAGAAAGAAACUGUUCUAUAUUCAAAUGCAGAUAAUAGUCUACAUAAAAAGAGUGAAUUUAAUUAAAGUGUAUAAUUAUAGAAAGAGGAUGUACCAGCNGAAUUAAUUAUAUAAUUUGAAUUUUAAAUUAAACGAAAUGUAAGACGACCCAACAUUAUUUACAACACUUAAAGGACACAAAGAUACUAUAACAGCAUUGUCAUUUCAUCCUGGAUUGUAUAUCAAUAAUUAUAUAGUAGAAAAUCAAUAGCUUCAAGUGCUAAUGAUGGUGUAGUAUCUGUAUGGCAAUUGAAAUAACCAAGAAAGAUUUAUAGAUUUAUGGGUCAUAAAGGAUAAGUAAGUGAUGUACAAUUUUCUCCUAAUGGAUUAUUAAUUGCAUCUUGUGCAAAAGAUGAGACUAUAAGACUUUGGAAUAAUACAGUUGAAGGAAGUUCAGUAUCAAUAAAGGCACAUUCAGCACCUGUCAGAAGUGUUUAAUUUUCUUGUGAUGGUUAAUUAUUAGUAAGUUCAAGUGAUGAUAAAUCUGUGAAAGUUUGGAGUGUAAAUGAUCGUAAAUUUCAAUAUGGAUUCCAGCAUACAAAUUGGGUUAGAAGUGCAGUGUUUUCAUAAGAUGUUAGAUUGAUAGCAUCAGGUGGUGAUGAUAGAGCAGUUAUUAUUUGGGAUUGUGAUUCAAAAAAAGAAGCUUAAAGAUAUAAUGAACAUAUUGGAGUAGUCUAUAAAGUUCAAUUCUCACCAGAUUCUACAAUAUUAGGAUCAUGUUCUCAUGAUAAAAAAUUAAAAUUAUUUGAUGUAAGAUCAAAGAGAGUUAUAUAACAUUAUGAUGCUCAUGCAGAUUCAGUAUUAGAUUUGAAAUUUCAUCCAUCUGGAUAAUUUGCUAUGACAUCUGGAGCUGAUAGUAAAGUAAAAGUAUGGGAUCUAAGAAUGGGUAAAUUAGCAUAUACACUUUAUGGUCAUAAUGGUUAAGCUACUACAUGUGCAUUUUCUAAUCAUGGAGAUUAUUUUGCUACUGGAGGAUCUGAUAGUAUGAUUUUAGUUUGGAAUACUAAUUGGGUAUGCAGUGGUCAAGAAUCUUUAGAUGAAAAACCUAAAUAAGUUAAAACUAAACCUAUUCAACAUACAUAACCAUAAACAUAAUAAUAAUCAUCUUAAUAGAAAGAAAAUAUAUAAUAAACUAAUAGUUAAUUACCUAAGUAGAAAGAAACUGUUCUAUAUUCAAAUGCAGAUAAUAGUCUACAUAAAAAGAGUGAAUUUAAUUAAAGUGUAUAAUUAUAGAAAGAGGAUGUACCAGCUGAAGUUAUUACUUAAUUAGAUAAUAUAAGUGGUUAAUUAGAAUUAAUUACAAGGUUAUUA